GUUCCUCCCGACGUCGACGGUUCAGAGAAUCCUGGUGGCCCUCUGGCUGCUGGGCAUCAUCGUGCUGCGCACGUCCUACCUGGGAGAGAUGAAGGCCGCCCUGGUGGUGCGAACCGAUCUCUCCAGCAUCCGGGGCAUCGAGGACGUGGCCCGAGACGAUUCCAUCACUCCGAUCGUGCUCCAGAGCUCCGGCUUCUAUUGGCUCUUCAGGACGUCAAAAUCAGAGACGUUCCAGAGGGUCUACAAGAGGAUUCACCGUCGCAGGGGGGACUUGCCGGACAAAGACAUGUUCAGCGUCACGACACUCAAGCGAAUACUUCAGGUGACAUUCUCAUCUUUAUGUGGCAAGGCGGUGAUCAUCAUGAUGCAGACGCCGGUGACAGCGAGUGUGAAGGCCCGCUGCGAGCAGCUUGGAGCCCUGGACGCCGAGUUCUACUACGCGCCCAACCCCAUCUCCCAGAUCCCCAUGGCCAUGUUCAUGCGCAAGGACAUCGACCCCUGGUUCCGCAAUGGCGUCGGGGAACAGAUCGAGCUGCUGCUGGAGCGUGGCUUCAUCCAGAAGUACUACCGAGAUGCCAAGAGCGACGAAGACCCCUGCAGGGCGGAGUCGGCCCAGGGACAGGACAGGGCCCGGUCCUCCUCCCAGCUGGACACGCUCCAGGGGGUCUUUUUCUUCUGGCUGCUGGGCAUAGGCUUCUCCGGAGCCUUCCUGUGCGCCGAGUGCUACUGCCACCGUCAUCGUCGGCCUAAGCUACAGACGUCGGGCUCCAAAUAAGCUGCGCUUAGAGCGUCGGCAACCCAUUCCUCGAUUAUCUCGUGGACGCCGCCAUCUUGCUGCGUAGUGCACAGCAAUAGGAAAUGCCAUUUUCUGAACUUUAGACACGGCGUCCUCGGGCCAUAUCGCUU